CAUGCAGGUACGUGGAGUUAGCUUUCCAGAGGUACCUGAACUUCCAAAAUAUCCUGAGAGGAUAUUGUUCUGUGGCUGGCGGCGUGAUAUUCAUGAUAUGAUUAUGGUUCUGGAGGCAUUUCUCGCACCAGGUUCAGAACUGUGGAUGUUUAACGAGGUUACAGAAAAAGAAAGAGAGACGAAAUUGAAUGAUGGCGGACUUGAUAUUUCUGGAUUGGAAAACAUUAAACUUGUCCACCGCGAGGGAAAUGCUGUCAUUAGAAGGCACUUAGAAAGCCUUCCUUUGGAGACUUUUGAUUCUAUGAGUCAAUGGAGGACUCUGUAGUGCAUUCGGACUCU